CUCACGGCCUGGCUGCAGCCGCAUCUGCUUCUGGGGCUCCAGGCUCCGGUGCCCCUGAAGAUGCCCGCUGAGGAGUUCGUGGCCGGCUGGAUCUCCGGGGCUUUGGGCUUGGUCCUGGGACACCCAUUUGACACUGUGAAGGUGCGGCUGCAGACCCAGACAGCCUACCGUGGCAUCGUGGACUGCAUCAUCAAGACAUACCGCCAUGAGUCGGUCCUGGGCUUCUUCAAAGGCAUGAGUUUCCCCAUCGCCAGCAUUGCCGUGGUCAACUCGGUGCUCUUCGGGGUCUACAGCAACACGCUGCUCCUGUUCACGGCCACCUCCCAUCACGAGCGGCGAGCACAGCCCCCCAGCUACACCCAUGUCUUCAUAGCUGGCUGCACGGCAGGCUUCGUGCAGGCCUACUUCCUGGCCCCCUUUGACCUCAUCAAGGUUCGGCUGCAAAACCAGACAGAGCCCAGGGUGCAGCGAGGGGGCCCCCUGCCCCGGUACCGGGGGCCCAUGCACUGCGCCACCUCCAUCUUCAGAGAGGAGGGGCCCCUGGGGCUGUUCCGGGGUGCCUGGGCCCUGACGCUGAGAGACACCCCCACGCUGGGCAUCUACUUUGUCACAUACGAAUGGUUCUGUCGCCAGUACACGCGUGAUGGCCAGAAUCCCAGUUCGGCCACUGUGCUGGUGGCCGGUGGCCUGGCGGGCAUCACCUCGUGGGUGACGGCCACACCCCUGGACGUGAUCAAGUCUCGGAUGCAGAUGGCAGGGCUGGAGCAGCGGGCCUACCGUGGGGUGCUGGACUGCGCCCUGAGCAGUGUCCGGCAGGAGGGGCCCAGCGUCUUCUUCCGGGGACUCAUCAUCAACAGUGCUCGUGCCUUCCCGGUCAACGCUGUCACCUUCCUCAGCUAUGAGUACCUCCUGCACGCCUUGGGCUGAGCCGGUGGCUCGGGGCCUCCAGCCCCCACAUGACCAGAACAAACCCAGUUCAGCCAAGGUCAGGUUGAAUUCCGGCAGGGACACCC